AUACACUCAUAUCUGUGUUGACAUUGAAUGACAACACGUGUUAACCAUUAAGUUGUAAAUACACAGACUUUGCGUUGAAGACAUCAACCAAUUGAUCCAAUUUAUGAAAACAGUUUAAGUGUCACUAAAUUAUAAAUUGUCUGUUACUGACAACCAUUACAAUGACAACAAUGGAGAUAAUUGUUGGCACUUAUGAAGAGUUUCUUAUUGGAUAUCAAUUGAAAUGCAUUGACGGUUCAUAUGCUUUGGAACAGAGUUUUGCUGACAGAGCUCAUUGCGGAAGUGUCCGAUGUUUGUCAACGUCACCGAAAUUUAUGGUCAGCGGCAGUACCGAUGAAGUGAUACACAUCUUCAAUAUGUAUCGUCGCAGUGAUAGCGGAACACUUAAUCAACACUCGGGAACUAUUACUGAUCUCGAGUUCUAUAAGACGAGUCAUCUGUUUAGCGCUUCAGAAGAUGGAACGGUAUGUGUUUGGGAAACAAGGAGUUGGGUUUGCGAGAAGACAUUACGCGGACAUAAAGAUGCCAUCACUUCAAUUAGUAUUCAUCCGUCGGGAAAGUUGAUGCUUUCAGUUUCGAAGGACAAGACUUUGAGGACAUGGAAUCUGAUAAAAGGUCGGUGCGCUUAUGUAACCAAUAUUAAGGCGAUCGCACACAUCGUCCAGUGGUCACCCGGUUGUACACAUUUUGCUGUUGUCAUCAACAAUAGGAUUGAUAUCUACGACAUAUCUACCGGUGGUGUCGUCAAUACUAUUGAUUUCAGCAAAAGAAUUCAUUGUAUUUUAUAUUUAAACAAUGAUGUGAUGGCUAUCGGCAAUGAAUCCAGUGAUAUACAAAUAUAUGACUUGAAGAACAAAUGUAUUAUCAAUACAUUUACCGCUCAUAAUAAUCGAUUAAAAUGUUUGGUUAAGACUACAGAACAUCCAGACAUUAAAGAGAAUAGAGUUUGGAUGACAUCGGUCUCCAGUGACAGCUAUAUUAAGAUCUGGGAAUUGGAUUUAUCAAAUCUAAAAUUGGUACCAAAAAUGAUUGCAUCGGUGGACACGACAUGUCGUCCCACAUGUCUUUCAGUACGAGUUGUCAGUGAUGUCGAUAAAAUAAGCGACGAAAAUGUCAGCCAAACAAGUGAGACAUCAGAGAACAUAAAUGUCACCAAAAAAAGGAAAAAUAAAUCCAAAGAUAAGGUCUCUAAUAAAAAGGUCGAGACAUAAGUAUAUUAGAGAUAAUGAUUUGCAAUUUAUUGCAAUAAUAUUUGA